AUGGAGGAACAACAAGGAGUGGUCCAAUUCCUUGAGCAUGUGAAGAAGUACGCGCUCACCAAAGCCGAGGUGUUGCAGAUACUCAACCACUGCCCCACCACAGAAGUGGAGCUGCAUUUGAUUGUGGAACAGUUCGAAGUGCGGCUGGCUCCCGAGCAGCGAGCAGAGCUUCUCGAAGAGAUCAGCGCGUUUCUCAGCCCACAGAUGGCGGAAAACGGUGUGGCACAGGAGUCAGCGCCGCAAGGAGAAGAAGAGGAACAAGCAGAGGAACCAGAAGAAGAAGCCGCCAUGGAGGUGGAAGGUGCAAUCGAGGCGGUAGAGCUGGGUGGAGAGGAAGAAGAAGACAAUGAGCUCCUUCACGAAGAAGAAACCAAGGCAGGAGAGGAAGAGGAAGGCAUGGCCGCUGAUGGUGAAGAAGAUGACGCUGGCCAAGGCCAAGAUAACAACUAA